GGGUGGGGGGAGGGGAGGCCGCCGCGGCGCCGCCCGCGUUCCAGGCCUCCGCCUGCGGGGACGCCCCUGGCCCGGGGAAACCUCGACGAAGAGCGCGGGUUCCGCAACGUCCUCGGACCCCGCUCCCGACCUGGGGGCCCCCGGGGGCACGAGGAGGCCGGCGCGGUCGCGGGGUCUUUUCUCUUCCCUCCCGCGCGGGAGCCAGUAGCAAAGGGCCACCGGGCCAAUCGGGGCCUCGAGGCCACCCCCUGACCCCGACCGGCUCCUCCAGAGGCCGUGGACUUAUUCCCCGCGGCCCGGCCCUGAUCCCAGGCCGUCCCUGCUGCCCACCCCGAGCCUCGGCGCCCACGUCCGGCUUCCAACCGCCCUUUGAUAGACGAGCCCGAGGGGCAGGAUCAUGACCGGAGAAGGGGCCCGGUACCCCCAGAGUGGACCGUCCUCCUUUGGACAGAAGCAGGCCUAGUUUGACAGUCCUCCCACUAAGGAAUUCCUGGUGAAUAGAAGAAUGGCAUGGGUCCUCGGAACAUUUUGCAGGUAAGGGAGUAGGGCUCCCCGGGCCCGUGGGUGUUCCCAGUGCCUCGGCUGGCCUGCCCUGGCACAGCACCUCCAAGGAAGCUCCGAGCAGCUGGCCUGGCUGCUGGGUAUUUUUAGCUACAGAUCCAGCCCCUACACCACCACUGGAGCCAGGUCCAAAUCAAACACGCUCCAGGCAGGGUGGGGCUGGGGCUCUGUGCCGGCCUCUCAGCCAGGCAGGGGUGGGUGGGCAGGCUGGGGCCAGUGUCAGCUGUCCUGCCUGGACCUGGGCCGGCCUGGGAAGACCUGCUUUCGUGUAAGUCAUUUUUUCUGUUAUAAGUUGAAAUCCAUUAGUUAGAAAAGGUGGAAACCGAGGUCUGAGGAUUUUGAGGAAAAGUUAAGUGCCCUCUCCCUACGGGCUGGAGCAGUUCCCACAGUUUGCUCAGAAUGGGCAAACUCUAAGUGAGUUCUCUCAAGGCCCUUCCCAGAUGAGGUAGUCUUACUCUCCCAGUCACUCCCUGAGCUUCAGGGUAUCUGAUGUGAGGUCAGGCCUGUGCCUGGCUCAAAGGUAAGUGGUCCUCCCCUCCCUCAAAGCCCUCUUCCAUCCUCCCUCUCCCUGAGUGAUGGCUUCCUCCCCCUCCUCUUCUGCCAGCCCCAGGCUGCCACUGUGUAGAGAUGGCCGCAGCUCUGUCCUCACCAGCCAAUCACAGCUCCCCCCUGGUCACCGGAAAGAGCUUUGGCUGGGCUCCUCUGUUCAGAGCCUCUGUCUGACACCCAUCUUGAGCCUGAUAGCCAGGCCCCUGUGAUCUAACCCUCACCACCUUGACAACCAUGUCUGGUCUCCCUCCUCAUGCCCCAGCCACUGCCAAACCUGAUGGGGUUUCCAGCCACCAUGCAUUUACUCAGGCUGGGUACCCAUCCUACUUCCACUGGCCCUUCCUGCCAGCACUGCCAAGCUUAGUUCAUGUGUUGCCCAGCUCUCAACUUCCUCUGAACCCCACGGGGGCUCCGGUGUCUGAAUUGUUCUCGUCUCGCAGACUCCUUUAGACUGCUUCCCCCAGGACUGAGUUCCUCAAAGGCAGGAACACAAUUGCCUCUCAAUAAACGUGUGCUGCAAAGAAGGAAUGAAUGAAUUGCUGUAUAUUUGUCUAGGGGUGCUUGACCCAGCAGAUGCCCUCUGGCCCGGUGACAGAGUAGGGCUUUCCGCUUAAGAACCUGGAGCUGGGUCUUCUCUUCCCAGCUCUGGGCUCUUUGGGGGCUUCCUGGGGCAGUCUCUGCUGCCAUCUGGUGGUCAGAUUAUGCCUUGCAUUCUCUGAAAACGUUGACCUGGCAUUUAUGGUGCCAGGUUGACGAUUUCCUUUCCGAAGUAAAAUUUACCUGAUCCUUGCUGAGUACCUGAAAGUGGGGAAUCUUCUGGGUGGGAUGAGGGCAAGAAGAUCCUGAAUCCUGCCAGCCCUUCUCUGAGGAAACUGUCAGAUGUCCUACCCCAGCUGGGAAAGAUUCUGCUCUCUCACCUAGCCAUGUCCCAGUGCCUGCCUGGUACAUGCCUGAUCCUGGGGGUCCCUCUGCCACUCCUGACCACUGGCCUGGUUUGUGCAAAAGACAGUCCAAGGGAGGGAAGGGGUGGGAGGCAGGGGUGGUUUUGCCCAGACGCCCUGAUAGUACCUGGCCAGAGUGAAUGCUCAGUAAAUAGCAGUUUGGGUCCGGGGGUUGAGGAGAAAGCUUGGGAUGAAGGAUAUGUGGCUGCUGGCUGGAGAACACAAAUUUCUUGGUGGGAGCAGGGUUAUCAGUCUCCAAAGUGGACGGAAGGGGGCCCAGCUGAUCUCAACUAGAUUUACCUUGACCUUCCCCUUCCCCUUCUCGACGGCGUCUUGCUUGGUUCCCACGCCUCUGGGCCUUGCUAGAAAGAGGUUCCCGCCCGCUUGGUUUGGGGCCAACCCUCGAAAGGGUUCUGGGGCCACUCACCUGUUACCAAAGUUGCCGCGCCGAGGCCAUCGCCCGGCAGAGGGCGCCAGACCUCCACCUUUGGGAGGUGGGGUGAUAGGGCGCCGCCGCCAGUGCUGCCUGCUCCCGGCUAUGGACAACCCUGGGGCCCCAGCCCCGACUGCCGCCCCGGGCCCGGGCAAGAAGCAGCUGAAAAUCGUGGUUGUGGGCGACGGCGGCUGCGGCAAGAGUUCGCUGCUCAUGGUGUACAGCCAGGGGUCCUUCCCCGAGCACUACGCCCCAUCCGUGUUCGAGAAGUACACGGCCAGCGUGACCGUGGGCAGCAAGGAGGUGACCCUGAACUUAUACGACACCGCCGGGCAGGAAGAUUAUGACCGGCUGCGGCCCCUGUCCUACCAGAACACCCAGCUCGUGCUCAUCUGCUAUGACGUCAUGAACCCCACCAGCUAUGACAACGUUCUCAUCAAGUGGUUCCCGGAGGUCACCCACUUCUGCCGUGGGAUCCCUAUCUUGCUCGUUGGCUGCAAGACAGACCUGAGGAAAGACAAGGAGCAGCUGCGCAAGCUCCGGGCGGCCCAGCUGGAGCCCAUCACCUACACGCAGGGCCAGAGCGCCUGCGAGCAGAUCCAAGCUGCCCUCUACCUGGAAUGUUCUGCCAAGUUUCGGGAGAACGUGGAGGACGUCUUCCGAGAGGCCGCCAAAGUUGCCCUCAGUGCUCUGAAGAAAGCACAGCGGCAGAAGCAACACCGCCUGUGCCUGCUGCUUUGACACCUCCCGGCGGGGCCCACGGCCCUCACGAUAGAACUGAGAGGACCCAGGUCCCCAGCUCCAGACUACUCCCCGGAUCCUGCACCCUCCCCAGCUCUCGAAGGGCACUCGGAGUCGGGCGUCUCCAGGGCCUGGUGUCUGGGGCCUGUGGCCAGGCUCUUGGAACAUUCUGGAACUCUCUCCUUUCCCAGCUGGGGCUCUGACCACGAGCUCCCCUCCAGCCUGCAUGGUGGUGGUGAGUGAGGGUGCUGGACUCAGUCCCUCUGUACCCUGGAACUAGCAUUUGUCCCCAGGACUGCCCUCAUCACUACCAACCCCCAGCUGUGUGUCCCCUUCUGCACACCCAAUAGGUCCUCAAAGCCUGUGCUUGAGAUGAGAAAUGACGUCUGGUAUGAGGAGAAAUGUGGACUUGGCAGCGUUCCACACGGCCCCCAAGCCUGCUCUCCCUAGUCCCCCGCCUCCCUGGUUUCCUGAGAUAGGCACGGCUGCAUCCUCCAGCUUCUUGCUUCCUCCCCGCAGGAACUCAGGCACCAGGAUGGGACCGAGGCCUAUCACAAGAACACAGGCCCCAGCCCCAAACGUUGGGGGGCCGGCACCAGCCCCCUCCCUCCUCCCUGCCAAACAGAGGACUUAAGUCUCAGCCCUCGGCUUGGCCGCCAUCUUUCCAGAGCUGGACGCACAUGAGGCAGAGAAGAACCUCUCUCAAAAAGCAAAAAGUAUUCUCUGGCUGAUCCAUGUGACCCUCGCUCAGUGUCUCCUCACCUGCAACCCCUCCGCUCGCCACUACUUGCCAGAAACCCGAGAUGAAAAGUGACACCAGCUCCGAGUGAUCUUGGGCAAGUCAGGUCUCUCUACAGACUGUCUGCAGAAGGACGGCACUGGCUCAUUUAAAGAGUCAUCAAGCUCCCGUCUCUCACAGCCUCCAAUUCUGCCAAGAUGUGGAGAUCUGGAACCAAGGCCAUCCUGGCCUCCUGCGAGAACAGACUUGAUUAACCCCCAGUGCAGAUUCACUGAACCUCCUAGAAGGUCUGGGGUCAGGGGCCCAAGAGUUUUGAAACAAGUGCCCCAGGUGAUUCUGACGCCCCAGAGAUUGAGAGCUGGUGGCUCCUGAGUAACCCCAGGGAUCAGCGUUACCUAAGAUGAGAUAAUGGCUUCAGGUGGUCCUGCCAUCCCCGGUAUCUCCUGCCUCAGCCCCCUCCGUUGCCCAGUGCUUCAGCGCCCACUAGGCCUGAGAAAGAGACUUCUGAAGUCUACCCCACCCCACCUAGGUUCCCCAAGGCCCUGCCGCGCCCUGGGGAAUCCAGAGAGCAUUCGGUCCAAGGCUCCGUGGACAAAUGAUGGUCUUGGACAGAGGUCCACAAACCACAGUCUGUGGGCCAAAUCUUUAUUUUUGUAAAUAAAGUUUUAGUGAAAAACA